AGGCAUAGCACUCAGCAGAGGUCUGCGCUGCUCAACGCUCAAAAUGUCUAGGUUACUUAAGCUGUCACUCUUACUGCCAUAAGUGGAAAGUGCAGGACUAGGACAUAAACAUGUUCAACAGCAGACACCCCAGCCUUAGCAAAAGAGGAGGAAUAUGGGGACUGUGCAUCCUCUUGCUUUACACAAGCCCGCUUUCCUGUUUUGCAAAUUUCAGCAAAGCAAAAGAGCUGAUCUAUAAGAUAAAGGAGGGAUUACCCAGGGGGACCUUCAUAGGGGCCAUUGGAGUAGACUUAAAUUUGGAUUUUACUGUGGAGCCCCCCUUUUUAUUCAAUCUUCCACAAAAGAAGGUCAGUGGACAGUAUGUGAGCCUAAAUAAUACCACUGGGGAGCUUUACACAUCUGCUAUAGACAUUGACAGAGAGACCCUCUGUCCUGAUAACUCGGAGGGCCAUGGAUGUGUUCUCUCACUGGAUGUGUUUGUGUUGCCUCAGCAGUACUUUCAGCUCGUGAAAGUUAAGAUCUUUAUUGAGGAUGUGAAUGACAACAGGCCAAAGUUCCCUGUGGAUGAGAUCUGUAUGUCUGUCCCGGAAAACACACCUAUCAAUGCUCGUUAUGCGGUGGAGCAGUCAGCAGUUGACCCAGACCUGGGUCUUCACGGUGUACAGACCUACUGGCUUGUUAAUGACUUUGGCAUGUUCACACUGGAUGUUGAGGAGAAUGAAGGAGGUGAGCUGACACCCUUCCUCAUUGUGACAGACGCUUUGGACAGAGAGACCCAGGCUGAAUACAUUACAGAUAUCAUUGCAGAGGAUGGAGGGACCCCUCCUCUACUCGGAGCGGCUACUUUAAAAAUUGUCAUCACAGAUGUGAACGAUAACUGCCCCCAAUUCACAGAGUCACAAAUUAAUGUCACUCUGCAUGGAAAUACCACAAAAGGGGCACAUUUGGCACGUCUGCAUGCUUUUGACCAUGACCUUGAUGCUAAUGCUCAGAUCAGCUAUGCUUACAGUGAACGUGUGCCAAGGGACACCAGGAGCUUGUUCCAUUUGGACAGAAUCACAGGGGUGAUCAAGCUAGCAGGGAAAAUAGACACUGGCACAGCCACGUUUUACAAACUCACCAUUCUGGCCAAUGGACCUGGUUGUAUCCCUGCAGUUGCCACUGUUUCUGUCCAUGUCAUCAAAGUUGUUACAGGACCCCCUGCUCUCAUACCCCGAUACAUUGCACCAGAAAAGGAUGGGGUGGUGACAAUAAAGGAGUCAGAGCCAGCGUUUUCUCCAAUUGCUUUUUUUACUGUCAAAACCAUUGAUAUGAACCAUAGGGUGGACUGUCAUUUGGAAGGGACUGGCCCAUUCAGGCUUGGCCCCUAUCAGCUGUUCAAGAAUGAAUACCUGCUGGAGACUACAGAGUCCUUGGACUAUGAAAAGAUACAGGAGUAUGAGCUAAUUGUGGUUGCUAAGAAUGCUCAAGAGCUUGUCAUCAAGACCUUCCUCAAGGUGCAGGUAUUGGAUGAGAAUGAUAAUGCACCAGUGUUUCAGCAGUCUUUGGUGGAAAUAUCUGUGGAGGAGAACAAUCCGCCAAAUACCUUUCUGACCCAGCUCCAAGCCACAGACCAGGACAGCGAAAGCAGAGGGGAAGUCAUCUACCUCCUUGGAGGUGAUGCCCCAGGGAUCUUUGUUGUGGAUCGUGUGACAGGCGUCCUGACUGUGACCACAUCGCUGGACCGUGAGGAGAAAGAGACGUACCGGUUCAUAGCGAGAGCAGUGGACCAGGGGACACCCAGGAGGGAGUCAAUUGCAACUGUGGUGGUGAGCGUGCAAGACCGCAAUGACAACAGUCCGCGCUUCAUUAAUAAGGACUUCACGUUCUUUGUGCCAGAGAACUUCCCAGGGUACGGUGAAAUUGGGGUCCUCUCUGUGACAGAUGCUGAUGCUGGGGAAAAUGGUUGGGUGGCCCUUUCUAUCCUCAACGGCAGCGACAUCUUUAUGAUAGAUACAGGCCGAGGGGCACUGAGGGCCAAGACAUCACUGGACCGUGAGCAACAAGGGACAUACCAGCUGUGGAUUGAGGCCGUCGAUGGUGGAGAGCCUGCACGUUCCUGUGUGACUAUGGUGACCGUGCUGUUGUUGGAUGUAAAUGACAACCCGCCUAUUGUCCUCUUCCCCCAAUCCAAUCAGUCAUACAUGCUGGUACUACCCAAUACACUACCAGGAACAUCAAUAACAGAGGUCUACGCUGUGGAUAAGGAUACAGGCAUGAACGCUGUGAUCGCCUACAGCAUCGUUAAGAGGAAAGGUGGUGAACCAGGGUCAUUUGCCAUUGACCCAGAAACAGGAAACAUCACAUUAAAGAGGGAGCUGAGCAACCGGGGGCUCUAUAGCCUUCUGGUGAAGGUCAGUGAUCAUGGUCAGCCUGAACCACUUUACUCAACAGUCAUGGUUAACUUCUUUGUCAAUGAAACAGUAAGCAACGAGAGUUACAUCCAGAGUCUGCUGACCAGAGAGGCUGAAAUUGAGGUAGAGGAGAGACCUUGGUACAAAGGCCAGAUGACAGAGGGGCCUGAGAGGUAUGAGUUGUUCCCCUGUCAGCCUGUCCUCAUUGCUCUUUCAGUGACAUGUCUGGGGCUGUUCUUCUCAGUUGUUACACUGACAUCUUACAUAUGCUGCAAGAGAUUUAAAAAGCAGCGUAAAAAAAGAUCAGAAGUGGAGAUACCGUUAAAAAUGAAGAAUGACUCAAUGCAGGUUGUGAACAGAAAGCUCAGGCAGAUCUCAAACAUCUGAUAUUCAGUUGUCCACACAUCCAAAACAACCACUGUUUACAUGAAUGUUUACAAAAACUCACUGUGAGAAGUGUAGUUCUUACAUGAAGUUGCUCUUUUUGCUUUUAUUGUAUGAUUGUUAUUACUGCAAUGUGAUUUAAAGUAUAUGCCAUGAGGUUCUGUCAUUAAAAAGGCAACACAGUACCUUUCUACCUUUCUUCCAAACUUUUUAUAAUAUCUAUAAACCAUGACAAUUGUCCAGAGGUGAUGUGUCAAAGAACCAAAGUAAGGAAUAAAUUAGUAUUGGCGUCAAAGUAAUAACAGCUUUAUUACAAAGUCAUAAGAGCAACUCAUUGAACAUUACUCAAUCUAAGGUCCUAUGUAAAUACUGUACAAAAUGUUUUACAACUUUAUAUAAAACUUUUGCAUUGCAUGAAAAGACAGUUCAAGCCACAAGAAAUGAUUCUUUCUUCAUAAAUGUUUUAGAAAAAUUGCAUCUCUUUACACUACCUGUCACAAUUACAUAUACUUAAGUGAUUAUACUUGGAAGUUGGAUACUACAUCUGGAAUCUAAAUCAUUUUAUUUUUUUUAAGUAACCAAACAUUUCAAAACUGAUUGAUACAGAAAAGGCUUAUCAAAAUGUAUUACUUUAUUUAAGGCAUUGUACUCACACCAUAUAUAUUUGACCAAAAAAGAAAAUUUUAACUCAAUUCCCACUUACUAGUUUCUCCAAAGAUUUCAAUCAUGUCUCACAGCCUUCUUUAGGUCAGUUGUAAUGGAGUGAUAUGCAUUCCAAUAUAUACAAUGACAUAUGAGUGUUAUACCAUUAUAUGAGGUUGAAAGUUGCAGAAAAAGAUAGCAUGUGGACCAUGACUUAUGGUUUGUCAGACUGUAUGAUGUCUGAGAGCUAUGGUUAGUAACCAGAUACCUUACUUUCUGUGAAGGUUCGCAGUAGUUACUGAUCACACAUGUAAAACCUUUAAAGGCCAUCUUGGUAUAGCAAAGAGUCACAUAUUUUGUAUCACACGAACAAUUUGAAUUGUAUCCAAACUUCUCUGUCAUAAAAGUGCUUCAAGUUGCAUACAUCACCUUCCUUUAUACAACCAUGCAAUUCUUAAUGUGUCUGUGAAAACAUGCUAAGUGUGUGUGAAAGAAAAUCAAAGUAACUAUUAAAGAUGCUUUAUUUUUUUAUAAUA